AUGGAAGCGUCGUCGGGUCUUCCCGACUCGCCGAAAGAGCCCCCCGUCAUAGGAGGCGGCGACGACCACAGCGUCAACCUCCUCACCAUCAGCCCUCCCGAUCCCCUACAGCCCAUUUCCCACAACCAACAGCGCGAAGGCCCCUCCUUACUGUCGCCCAAAGACGGUCGCGACAACUCGGUUGCCGAAAAGGUCAGCCAAUUCAACUCGAUGGCCCUCCAUGCCAAACAGCAGGAGCGCAAAACAACCGAUGCCGCUCUCCAGCGAGCCGUGCUCGGGCGCGAGGAGGCAGAGGCCGAAGUGCGACGACUGCGUGAGGAGGUCAAGGUGCUGAGGCAGCAGGUUGAGGAAGGGAAGGAGAGGGAGAAAAAGGUUUCCCACAGACUGGAAGUUGUUAUGGAGGACUACGGUCGCGCCAAGGAAUCCCUCGCCCACACCCAAGCCAUCUGGGAGAAGGAGAUCCGCAAAGCGCGCAAGGAGGCCUUCAAAGCGCAGUCCGACAUUGUCGAAUUGCAAAAACAGCUCAAAUCCACUCGCACCGCUUUGAAAACCGCCGAAACGGAACUGCACACCAGCCGAGCCGCGCAAAAGGCUGCCGAAGAAGAACUCGAGCAACAAAAGGGACGAACACAGGCGCGCGAACAGGAAGCCAUCGAAGCGAGAAAUGUCUUGGCCGGGCUCCAAGAACAACUGAACAAAGCGCUGGAACACAUCAAUACUUUGGAGAUGGAAAGGGACGCGUUCAAGGCGCUAGCUAAGAGCGAGGAGCUGGCACGCAUUGCGGCCGAGGGAAAGAUACCACUACCGGAGUCGAAAGAUGUCGAAAUGGGCGGCAUGGAACCACCACAACCAGAAGACGACUUCGCCGCUCUCAAGUCUUAUAUCCACCACACCGCCGACCUCAGCCAUUCCGCGACAAGUGAAUCCGAAAUCGAAGAACUCAAAGAACUCUGGCAGUGGGAGAAGCAACGAGCUGAUCGUGCUUUGGAGCUAAUCGCUUUCAUGGAAGUUGAAUGCAACCUUAAAAUGUGCGCCGGCGCCCGGGCGGCUUCCAAGAGGCCAAGUAUCGGGGGCAUGGACGGUGCGAAAAGGAAGUGGUCGGAAAUCAGCCCUCACAAAGUCACGGAUGCGGGUGAUCUGGUGAUUCUUAGGGACGCUUCACCAUCACCCUGCGGGGACAAGGUCUCGCCUCCGUCGGCUAAGAGGACGAAGACUGAGCAGCUCAGGGCCGAAAGUGCAAAGAAGUCGGGGCAGAAAAGCAAAGUCUUUUUACCAGAGCAGGGGAUCUUCCGUACCGUAUCACAGGAGGAGUUGGACAAGCUACAAGUACCCGCCGUGCCCGUUAACGGCGCGAAAGAGCGUGAAGGCCUCUACAAGCGACAACGACACCAGCGGACAACCGAUCAGUCCUCACGCAUGGCGGAUUCCCGAAUGGGCGAGUCACAAGCUUGGUCGGAGAUGCAGGAUAGUGUCAUGUCGAGACAUCGAAGGACACCGGAUAGUGACGGUGUGCCCGACUAUGUGCUGGACUCGGAGAGGGCGUCGUUGCAGAGUUUGUUGACGGCGCCACACAAGCGGUAUGCCGAGUCAAUCAGCAGCGAUGUGAUGGGGAACAUUCCUACGAUACCAGCCUCCUCGGUCAUCAGCUCCGUCAUGUCUGGAUCGGUACAAACCAUUACUGCCUCGACCGCUACGGCUACCACUAGCAUCCAGCAAAGCCAUCUCAACUGGGAAGAACCCGUGCUUCAUAGCAACAGUCAAGAACAAAAAGAAAACGUACCACCCCCUCAACCAAGGGAGAACGAGGGAGCAGAAGGGGAUAGGGCUAACUCCCGCUCCAGCCACGAUAGCCAGAAGUCACAGCCGCAACCACCUAACCACACUCCGGGGCCCGCCUCACGACAUAUCGAUCACCUCUCCGAGUCUAAGCUAGGCUACUCGCCCUCCAGCCUAGCGCACGCAUCGAUGUUUGGAUCUACCAUGAACUCAAGCACCAUCACGACCAAGGUUCCUCUCAAGGAGGCGUCUACCAAUGCAGACCUUGGCAUGAUAUUCAGAACCCCUUCGAAGGGAAGCGUCGCUAGCGCCACCAGCGAAAACGCAAUGGACAUUGACGGCGACAUCAACAUCACCAAAUCGCGGUCGGAAUCGAGGGGUGAACUCCCUGUAUCCCGGGAAGAAGCCCUGGCCAUGAUCCGCGAGCGCCGCGAACGCGGCCGAAGUCGUGAGAUCAAAUCCCGACCUCAAUCCCCCGAGAAGCGACCCCUCUCGCCAGUAAAACGUCCCGCCUCGCCCGAAAAACAGCGGCCAGACAGCCCCGAGAAGCGGGACAGAGACCGGGACCCCACCCCCAAGAAACGAGACGCGUCACCAAACAAGUCGGGGCGCGCUCCAUCGCCGAACAAGAGACCCGAGUCCCCCAGCAAGCGCGCGCCCUCCCCGAACAAGCAGAGGAACGCUUCACCUACCAGACGACCACUAUCGCCGAGCAAGCGCACACGGUCGCCGAGCAAGGCCAGGGUCAUCAGCAAUGACUUGAGCUAUGCCGGUGUGCUUAAGAAGAGCACCGACGUGAUGACGACGCCUGGCGAAGGGACUAGGAGCUUUAGUGCGCCAACGGCGGCUACGGAGGCGAGGGCGGCAGGGAAGGAGAAUCAGAGAGGUUUAAAGUCUUAGUGGGACAUUGGAAUCGCGAAGCUGACUCCGGGGAGGAAGGGGAGGAGGAGUGGGUGGUGAUAUUGGUUUUGAGGGGUGACGAGUACGAUGAAGAUGAUGGGAAUUGUAUAAGGAAGAGGAGGUAACAUGCGAAAAAGUUUGUAUACCCACUACACUCGCUCUCUCGGGUCGUGGCCUGUUAGCAGCACAAAGGCACAAAAAGCUGGCAGUGCUGGAUAAUGUCGACUAUC